UUUCUGGUUACGCGCGCGCGCGUCGUGGCGGCGCUCACAUCGCUGAGAAUGCGUGGCAAAUUCACCACCAAAAUAUCCCCACAUCUGCCUCUCUCUCUCACAUCGCACUCUCCCUCUCACUCGUGGGCUUAUUUGUCAUCGAUUGAGUUUUCCUUUCUCUGGUGUUUUCCAGACAAAUUCCUUGGCGUGUGAAAAAGUGCUUGGGGCAUUCGCGAGGGGCUCCAACGCGUGAAUCCGAGUGUCUGUGGGGCGCCAAAGGUGUGCUCCGAACGUGAUCAAGUGACUUUUUCUCCCCCAUUUCUCUCUUGGACGUCCAACACACUAAUCAGCCACCAUGUCGGGGAACUUGGGCAUGGAGCAACUCAUUCCCAUCGUCAACAAGCUCCAGGAUGCAUUCACGCAGCUGGGGGUGCACAUGCAGCUGGACCUGCCCCAGAUCGCCGUGGUGGGUGGCCAGUCGGCGGGCAAGAGUUCCGUCUUGGAGAACUUCGUGGGCAAGGAUUUCCUGCCGCGCGGAUCGGGCAUUGUGACGCGUCGCCCGCUCAUCCUGCAGUUGAUUAACGGGAAUGCGGAGUACGGGGAGUUCCUGCAUCAGAAGGGCAAGAAGUAUGGUGACUUCGAUGAGAUCCGGAGGGAGAUUGAGGCGGAAACUGACCGGAUCACGGGCAGUAACAAAGGAAUAUCAAACAUUCCCAUCAACUUGCGCGUCUACUCGCCCAAUGUGCUGAAUUUGACGCUAAUCGACUUGCCGGGCUUGACAAAGGUGCCGAUUGGCGAUCAGCCGGUCGAUAUUGAGGCGCAGAUCAAGGCGAUGAUCUUCCAGUUCAUCAAGAAGGAGACUUGCCUCAUCCUGGCCGUGACGCCAGCCAAUACUGACUUGGCCAACUCGGACGCUCUGAAGCUGGCCAAGGAGGUUGACCCUCAAGGCAUUCGCACCAUUGGUGUGAUCACGAAGCUGGACUUGAUGGACGAAGGCACAGAUGCCAGGGACAUUCUGGAGAACAAACUGCUGCCGCUGCGUCGCGGCUACAUUGGUGUGGUGAAUCGCUCGCAGAAGGAUAUCGAGGGGCGGAAGGAUAUUGGCGCCGCGGUGGCGGCGGAGAAGAAAUUCUUCUUCAGCCACCCGUCGUAUAGGCACAUCGCCGAUCGCCUCGGCACGCCGUAUCUGCAGCGCACGCUGAAUCAGCAGCUGACGAAUCACAUUCGUGACACGCUGCCGGGUCUGCGGGACAAGCUGCAGAAGCAGAUGUUGACGCUGGAGAAGGAUGUGGAGCAGUACAAGCACUUCAGGCCCGAUGAUCCCAGCAUCAAGACGAAGGCGAUGCUGCAGAUGAUCCAGCAGCUGCAGUCGGACUUUGAGCGUACGAUCGAGGGCAGCGGCUCGGCGCUGGUGAACACGAAUGAGCUGAGCGGCGGCGCCAAGAUCAAUCGCAUCUUCCACGAGAGGCUGCGCUUUGAGAUUGUGAAGAUGUCGUGCGACGAGAAGGAGCUGCGCCGCGAGAUCUCCUUCGCCAUUCGCAAUAUUCACGGUAUCCGCGUGGGUCUGUUCACGCCCGACAUGGCCUUCGAGGCCAUCGUGAAGAAGCAGAUCGCGCAGCUGAAGGAGCCGGUGCUCAAGUGUGUGGAUCUAGUCGUACAGGAGCUGUCGCACGUGGUGCGCAUCUGCACGGACAAGAUGGCCAGAUAUCCGCGCCUCCGCGACGAGACGGAACGCAUCAUCACGACUCACAUUCGCCAGCGCGAGCAGUAUUGCAAGGAGCAACUGCUGCUGCUCAUUGACUUCGAGUUGGCGUACAUGAACACCAACCAUGAGGACUUUAUUGGAUUCGCCAAUGCUCAGAGCAAGUCUGAGAAUGCCUCGAAGACGGGCACUCGUGCCAUUGGCAAUCAAGUCAUCCGGAAGGGCCACAUGUGCAUCCAGAAUUUGGGCAUAAUGAAGGGUGGCUCGCGCCCCUAUUGGUUUGUCCUCACGUCUGAGAGCAUAUCGUGGUUUAAGGAUGAGGAUGAGAAGGAGAAGAAGUACAUGUUGCCACUCGAUGGGCUCAAGUUGCGCGACAUCGAGCAGGGAUUCAUGUCGCGUCGCCACACUUUUGCCCUGUUCAAUCCGGACGGGCGAAAUGUGUACAAAGAUUACAAGCAACUGGAGUUGUCGUGCGAGAGUGUGGACGAUGUGGACUCGUGGAAGGCGUCAUUCCUCCGUGCUGGUGUUUAUCCGGAGAAGGACUCCUCCACGGCCAAUGGCGAUGAGGGAGAUGGACAAGAGAGUUCUGAGGAUAAUGAGACCAGCUCGCUGGAUCCGCAAUUGGAGCGUCAGGUGGAGACGAUAAGGAAUCUGGUGGACUCGUACAUGAAGAUUGUGACGAAGACAACACGUGAUAUGGUACCAAAAGCCCUCAUGAUGAUGAUCAUCAACAAUGCCAAGGACUUCAUCAAUGGCGAACUGCUGGCUCACCUCUAUGCCAAUGCCGAUCAGUCGACGAUGAUGGAGGAGAGUCCAGAGGAGGCGGCCAAGCGCGAGGAGAUGCUGAGGAUGUACCAUGCGUGCAAGGAGUCGCUGAGGAUCAUUGGCGACGUGUCGAUGGCCACGGUGAGCACGCCAGUGCCGCCGCCAGUGAAGAACGACUGGCUCUCCAGCGGACUGGACAAUCCGCGCCUGUCGCCGCCGAGUCCCGGCGGACCCAGGAAGGCCGUGCCGCAGCAGCAGGGCUCUCUGGGUGGCGUUGGAGGCGGCGGACCGCCGGGAGGCAUCAGAGGCCCGCAUCCGCCGGCUGGCAGACCGGCGCCGGCCAUUCCAAAUCGCCCCGGCGGCGCUCCACCCUUGCCACAAGGGCGGCCCGGCGGCCAGGCUCUUCCCGCUCCGCUAAUUCCAUCUCGGCCUGGCGGCGGAGGACCUCAAAUUCCUGCCCACAUGCGUCAGCAGGUGAAUCAGGCCGUUGGCCAGGCUGUCACCAAUGCGGCCAUCAAUGAGCUCUCCAGCGUCUUUUCCAGCAAAUUCAAGUAAAGCGGCGCCGAAGACAUCUCACGAGACACACAGAAACACACACACACUUUUCUUAUUAGAGUAGCGUUUAAUGCAGGAGAGAUUUGAUGGAAAAGGAGGGAAUUUACUUUGCAAAUGCAAUGAUUUUUUUUUUAUUAUGAUUAAUAAUAUUAUUUGAAAAAUGAUAUUUUGUAUUAUUGAGAGAGUAUGAUUAGAGUUGGUGAAAGUGUGAGUUAGAGAAUGAAUUGAUUUUUCAUUGAUAAUUAAAUUUAAUUAAAGAAAAAAAAGAGAAACACAGACAAAAUACACUGAAGAUAUAAUUAAAAAAAAAUAUAAACGUUCCAUAUAUUAAACUUGAAUAAGAUGAUAAAAUGAAUUUAGAAUUGUAUUAAAAGAGAAAGUCUUGCAAUAUUUCAUGUGUUUUUUUUUCUUCCUUUAAAUUAUAGUUUCAUUUUCGCAUUAGGACGCAAAAAUGCUUAGAAUUUUCAACAAUUUAUCCUUCUUUUCAAUUCAAUACCAAAGUUUUACUGAGAUUCUUUGAAAGAGAAAAGCAUUUGUAUUUUUUUUCUAAUUGUUUUUCAAUAAGUUUUUAUUUCUACCGCUUCUUAGAGGAAAAGUGAGUAAAAAAAGGCGCGAAAUUUAAUAUUUGUUUUUUUUUUUACUCAACAAUUAUUAUUUGCACAGAAAAAAAGUAACAAGAAAAUCAAUGUAAAACUAGUUGAGAAGAAUGCAUUGCUGAAGGUAUUUUUCCAGUUCUUUCAAAAUUGUAGAUGCAAAAAGCAGAGAAUUAUAUUGAAUGUUAGUGUCCUAAAAGAGAAAAAAAAAAUAGAGAAAGAAGAGCAUAAAUUAUAAAUUAUAAAGCGUAAUUUUAAGUUAAUAAAGAUGAGAGAAAAAAUAUCGGAAUUAAAAUUUUCAAAGUGAAAUCUUAAAUUAUUCGGUGUCUAAAAUUGAAAA